GAAAGUUUUUAUUGUUUCGCACACAUUACAUGCUAUAUUUGAUGUCUUAAUUUUGUGUAGGCAAAUAGCACAGAAAUACCAGAAGAAGCAAAUUACAUUUAAUAUAUAUAUUUUUAGAUUUACUUGCUUUUUAUAUGUUUUGCACAGCAUCUGAUCUGGUCUGAUGAGUUGUUUUCAUUGUGAUUCAGACCUUCCUGCUUAAUUUCGAAUGACUCAUCAGCCCUGUAACAAAACGAGAGGCCAGUGCGGACCAGACAACAGCUCUAGGCCCUGUGAAGACCACCCACAUACAUUACUCUCCAAUCCCCUGGUGCAAUUACACAAAGGUCAUUGCAGAUUAGACAAUUACUAAAGACUGAGAGCUUUAAUAUAUUGUUUUCACAUAAAAAGAAAGCACGCAUAAAACCCAGUCAACAAGAUUCAAUUAACAAAAGCAGAAAAGGGAGAAAUAAAAAGGAAGUAAAAAAUGAUCAUUCUUGGAAAAAAAAAAAUCAAUGGAGCGUUCAGUAUGCUAUGCAAUUAAAACUAAUUUAUUCCAGUUACACAGAACAACACAUAUUAUAACACAUAGUACAAUAAUUCAAUUUUAUUGUAUAUUAAAUAUUGUAUAUAAUAUCCAUUUUAUGCUUAUAUUUAACCCACAUUCAAACACGAUUCAUAGAAAUGAUUGUGUUUACAGGAGUUCCUGAGACAUCGAUCACCAAAGGAAUGAAAUAUACCGUUAAAUCGUAUAUGCUGGCCGAUUAUGUGUUAUCAUUGUACAGUUUAAACGAUUACAAGCCCGAGUCCUUCCGAAGAAGAAACGCGCCAAGAUCGUGUUAUUUUAGCGCCUAAACAGCGUACGAGCCCGUCGUGGCUGUGAGGGGUCUCUCCUCCUCCCCCCGCCACCGCCCGCCGGUCUUCGGCUGUUCUCGGCUGUGUCCGCCAGAGGGCGCCCGGGCUCCGGUGUCAACACGCGCCAUUCGAUUGUGGAAAAUGCCACCAGAUGGCGGUUUAGGAUUGCUGCUCUUCUGAAAGGCGCGGUUCCUUCUCCCGGUCCAAUUUUCAAUUAAUAAAUCCAUAUUUAGCAAAAAAAAUAUCGAAUUCCGAAUAGCGGGAACGCCGACCUUUGCGACCAUGAGCAUCCCAGGAAACAAUUUCGUUAUUCCAAUAAAGCACUUGAGAGAGAGAGAGAGAGAGCGAGCGAAGGUCCGUCUCGACUGCAUUAGCAGAUUGAUUCUGCUGAACAUGAGGAGCAGAUGAAGGCUCAGUGUUGCGGUGUUAAUACUGUGAUCAGCCCUUGAAGCGCGCAGAGCUGUAACCCGCCGUCAUCAUGAUCACCUCAGAGCUGCCGGUGCUACAGGACUCGGGCUAGUCGGGUCAGGACACAGUGAGUCUCAGUAUGAGUAUGAGUGAGCUGGACGACCCUGGAGAUGGAAAGAGCAAGAAGAAGAGAGGCCGGCCUGGCAGACCACCGGCAACUAACAAGAAACCUCGGAAGUCCCCUUUAGACAAGUGCCCUAUGGGAGUCCAGCGGGGGAGGAAGGCCAAUGGAAUGACCCAGCAGAACGGAGAGGGUGAACCGGUCACUCUGUUUGAAGUGGUCAAACAGGGAAAGAGCGCUAUGCAGUCGGUUGUUGAUGACUGGAUCGAGUCAUACAAGCAAGACAGGGAUUUAGCACUUCUGGACCUCAUUAACUUCUUCAUCCAGUGCUCUGGCUGUAAAGGCACCGUAAGAAUCGAAAUGUUUCGCAACAUGCAGAAUGCUGAAAUUAUCCGCAAAAUGACAGAAGAGUUUGACGAGGACAGUGGCGAUUACCCCUUGACUAUUUCUGGCCCGUUGUGGAAGAAGUUUCGCUACAACUUCUGUGAGUUCAUCUGCGUCCUGAUCCGCCAGUGCCAGUACAGCAUCAUCUACGACGAGUACAUGAUGGACACGGUCAUCUCUCUGCUAACGGGUCUGUCAGACUCACAGGUUCGAGCCUUCAGGCACACCAGCACCCUAGCAGCUAUGAAGCUUAUGACAGCCCUGGUGAACGUAGCUCUGAAUUUGAGCAUUAACCAGGACAACACACAGAGACAGUAUGAAGCCGAACGCAACAAAAUGGUGGGCAAGAGAGCCAAUGAGAAGCUUGAGCUCCUACUUCAGAGAAGGAAAGAGCUUCAGGAAAACCAAGAUGAAAUCGAAAACAUGAUGAACUCGAUCUUCAAGGGAAUCUUUGUUCAUCGUUAUAGGGAUGCGAUUGCUGAAAUCAGAGCAAUUUGUAUAGAAGAGAUCGGUGUGUGGAUGAAAAUGUACAGCGAUGCCUUCCUGAACGACAGCUACCUGAAGUACGUCGGCUGGACCUUACACGAUCGGCAAGGCGAAGUGCGCUUGAAGUGUUUGAAAGCCUUGCAAAACCUCUACACGAACCGUGAACUGUUUCCAAAACUCGAACUCUUCACAAACCGUUUCAAGGAUCGUAUCGUGUCUAUGACACUGGAUAAAGAGUACGACGUGGCUGUGGAGGCCAUCAGACUGGUCACUCUGAUCCUCCAGGGUAGUGAGGACGCUUUAUCUAAUGAGGACUGUGAGAAUGUCUAUCAUCUGGUGUACUCCGCUCACAGGCCUGUGGCAGUCGCUGCUGGGGAGUUUCUACAUCGAAAGCUGUUUAGCAGACAUGAUCCUCAGGCCGAGGAAGCUCUGGCCAAACGCAGAGGCAGGAGCAGCCCAAACGGAAACCUCAUUCGCAUGCUGGUGCUCUUCUUUUUGGAGAGCGAGCUGCACGAACAUGCUGCCUAUCUAGUGGACAGUUUGUGGGAGAGCUCUCAGGAGCUGCUGAAAGACUGGGAGUGCAUGACUGAGCUGCUGCUGGAGGAGCCGGUGCAGGGCGAGGAGGUGUUAUCAGACAGGCAGGAGAGUGCUCUGAUUGAGCUGACCGUCUGUACCAUUCGUCAGGCUGCUGAAGCCCAUCCGCCCGUGGGCAGAGGGACUGGGAAAAGGGUCUUGACUGCGAAGGAAAGGAAGACGCAGAUCGAUGACAAAAACAAAUUAACAGAGCACUUCAUCAUGGCUCUUCCCAUGCUACUCUCGAAAUACCAGACGGACGCAGAGAAAGUAGCCAACCUCCUACAGAUCCCGCAGUACUUUGACCUGGAUGUGUACAGUGCUGGGAGGAUGGAGAAGCACUUGGACGCGUUGCUAAAGCAGAUCAAGUUAGUGGUGGAGAAGCACACGGACACGGAAGUGCUGGAGGCCUGCAGUAAGACCUACAGCAUCCUGUGCAGCGACGAGUACACCAUCAUGAACCGCGUGGACAUCGGCCGCAGCCAGCUUAUCGAUGAACUAGCCGACCGCUUCAACCACUCGGUGGAGGAGCUGCUGCAGGCGGGGGAAGAGGCGGACGACGACGACAUCUACAAUGUUCUCUCCACUCUCAAGAGACUCACAGCCUUUCACAAUGCUCAUGACUUGACCAGAUGGGAUUUGUUUGGGAACUGCUACAGGUUGUUAAGGACUGGAAUAGAGCAGGGAUCUAUGCCAGAGCAGAUAGCAGUACAGGCUCUUCAGUGUUCUCAUUACUCCAUACUGUGGCAGCUUGUGAAGAUCACAGAAGGCGCUCCAUCCAAGGAUGAUCUCCUAGCGCUUCGCAGGGUUGUGAAGUCUUUUCUAGCUGUGUGCCAGCAGUGUUUAUCCAACGUCAACACACCGGUUAAAGAGCAGGCGUUCAUGCUGCUAUGCGACCUCUUGAUGAUCUUCAGUCACCAGCUCACCACAGGGUCCAGGGAGGGUCUGCAACCUCUGGUCUUCAACCCAGACAGCAGCCUACAGAACGAGCUGCUCAACUUUAUCCUAGACCAUGUGUUUAUAGACCAGGAUGAUGAGAAUCAGAGUAUAGAGGGUGAUGAGGAGGAUGAAGCUAACAAGAUCGAGGCCUUACACAAGAGGAGAAACCUCUUAGCUGCCUUCAGCAAGCUCAUCAUUUAUGACAUAGUAGACAUGCCAGCCGCUGCAGACAUUUUCAAACACUACAUGAAGUACUACAACGAUUAUGGAGACAUCAUCAAGGAGACUCUAAGUAAGACCAGACAGACGGACAAGAUACUGUGUGCCAAAACACUCAUCCUGAGUUUACAGCAGCUCUUUAAUGAGCUGAUCCAGGAUCAGGGGCCUAACUUGGACAGAACCUCAUCUCAUGUGAGCGGCAUUAAGGAAUUGGCCCGUCGCUUUGCCCUGACCUUUGGCUUGGACCAGAUCAAGACCAGAGAGGCUGUGGCCACGCUGCACAAAGAUGGUAUCGAGUUCGCCUUCAAGUAUCAGAAUCCUAAAGGACCAGAGUAUCCCCCUCCGAAUCUAGCCUUCCUGGAGGUUCUCUGUGAAUUUUCCUCGAAGCUUCUUCGCCAAGACAAGAAAACAGUGCACACCUAUCUGGAAAAGUUCAUGACAGAGCAGAUGAUGGAGAGGCGGGAAGACAUCUGGCUGCCUCUCAUCUCUUACAGGAACUCUCUGCUGACGGGUGGAGAUGAAGACCGCAUGUCCAUCACCAGCGGCAGCAGCAGCAGCAAAGCUGGAUCUAUACGGAGCAAGAAGGGCCGUCCACCCAUGCACAAGAAACGCAUCGAGGAGGAGAGCGUGGAGAGCUCGUGGAUGAUGAGGAAUGACGCCCUGCAGACUCCCGGAGGCCUGCAGACGCCCCAGCUCACCUCCACCGUGCUCCGAGAAAACCCCCGGCAAGCUGCUGAGCACCUCCCAGACCAGAACUCUGAGCCCGGCUCUGAAUCCGACUACGUUCACAAUCCUCAGAUCCAGAUGUCCUGGCUCGGCCAGCAGAAGAUGGAGGAGGUGAACAGGAAAGAGCGCACAGCCAUGAACUACAUGAAGGCCCGCAGCGGAGGCGUGCGACAGACCGUACGGGGUCUCAUGGAGGACGACGCAGAGCCCAUCUUUGAGGAUGUCAUGAUGUCGUCGCGAGGGCAGCUGGAGGACAUGAGUGAGGAAUUCGAGGACACCAUGGUCAUUGAUCUGCCUCCUUCCAGGAACCGACGGGAGAGAGCAGAGCUAAGACCGGACUUCUUUGACUCUGCAGCCAUGAUCGAGGAUGAGUCGGGUUUCACAAUGCCCAUGUUCUGAUGUGCCACAACCGAUGGAAAAACAGUAUUUGAAGUGAUUCAAGGGCUGAAGAGACAUUCACAUGAGAGCGGAAGCACUGGUGUCCAGGUUCAGAGAUUCUGGAGCAAACUCUCCGCAAACCCUCAACUGUCCUCUUUUAUCAAACGCCGCACAAGAGGAGCUUUUAUUCAUCCAGAGAUUAUUUUAACAGAUGCGGUCCAGUCACGUCACACACGGUGAAUCUUUCUGUCGAACAAGUUCUUUGUCAGCUCAUUAGAAUCGCACUGGAUGGGAUUUUACAUUGUGGUACAAAUUUAUCAUGUAAGAAUGUACGGUCCUAUAUGUUCGAGAUGUACAUAUUUGUGUUUAUCCAUCCUACUAUGUAUAUGCCCUGUACAGUUAGAGUAUGAAGUCGCUUUUACUAUCAGGUCAACGAACGGAUUUCUCCUACCCAGACGAGCGCUCGAUCUUCGGUCUGAAACAACAGAACUACGGUAAAUGAAGGAAGGUGGGUAACGUUUGGUCAGUGUUAAAAAUGCAGUCAUUAUUGUCAGAAAGCCAAAAAUCUCUGUGGCAGUUGAAGGGGCGUUACACUACGUAUUGUGUAUUUUGGCUUGCAGAAGAAUUUGAAUGGUCAGUAUUUUAUUUCCAGUAGAUUUAGUUCUAAUGAGGUGAGGUUUAUUUGUGUGAGAUGUCUAUACGGCAGGGUUUUGGUCAGUUGCUCUUGUCCGGGGCCGCGUGUCGAGUCGGGCCCAUCCGAGUAUCGCCUCCGUUUAAGUGCUUUAUGGUCCUGUGCUAUCAAAAAGUGAAAUGUUAUACCGUCAGCAACAUGAGUUUCCCAUGAUCAUCAUCAUCAUCAUCAUUUUUCCCCUGCCCCCGGUUAGUUUUGCUAGUGUAUCUGUAAAUUGUACAUUUUCAAUCCGAAAUGGUUUUCUUUUGUACAACCUAGAAAUGUACCACUUUCCCUUUUAAUGGAAAACUGUUCUAAAACUUUUCUUCAGUGAACUUAUGGAAAACUCACUUUUUCAGAAAAAAAAAAAAUUAAAUAUGUAAUCAUGAA